AUGUGGAUCCUUGAAUCCAAUGGAGACUUCCUCCAGGGGAAGCGAAUGUGGCUGAAGCCAGGUCAAAAAUAUCUGUUCGGUCGUGUCAAAAGAGAGGGUGUCCGUUUCGCCAUCGAUCACAAGAGCGUCUCCAGAAAGCACUUCAUUAUUUAUGUCGACCCCGUCAGGAGCGGCGAUGUUGCCCAGAUCCACGCAAGAACCAAAAUCAGAAUUGAGGACCAGAACUCCAAGAGUGGUACCUCCGUUAAUGGAGAAUUAAUCAAAAAUUCUUCAAAGGAGUUGAAAAGCGAGGAAAACUCGGUCAGACCUGGAACACAGCUUAAUGAGAUCAUCAUUAGAUGGGAACCCUGUGUUCUGACUUUCAACCUGUUGAAGAAGGAGAUCAAGUCUGGCCUCUUGAAGUUGAAGCAAGCUAGAGUCGAAGCUUUUGACAUCAAGGCAACCAGUGAUUUUUUCUCCGGACAUACUACACAUGUAAUCGCGAACAAGAGGAAUACAGCAAAAGGAUUACAAGCCUUGAUCACUGCAAAAUAUAUCGUCUCCGAGUCAUACAUCGAUGCUCUUGAAUAUGCCACCACUCCCACCCAUCUGAGUCAAGAAGAAAACCUGUGUCCUUUGGAACUUGACUUUGACUACUCCUGGCCUGACCCAAAUGAACACCUUCCUCCUCCCGGGAAGGAACCUACCCUAAGACCUGUCGAAUCUUAUCGCCCGGAUCCAACCCGACCCAACAUUUUUGAAGGAUAUGUGUUCGUCUUCGGUGACCAAAGUCAGUAUGAUACUCUACUACCGGUCGUCACCAGUGGUCAUGGAAAGGCAAUCCUCUUCAAAGUCAUCAAUGGUGAAUCAUCCGCAGACAGUCUGAUACAAUUCUUGCGGCAUGCUUCUGGCAAGAAGGAUGAUGAAGGUUUUCGCAGUCAGGAAAGUGGUGGUGUGAUUCUAGUUCGAUGGACUGGCAAGGAUGAUGUUCAGGAGUGGACCAACAGUUUGAUCAACGAGGUUGCCUUGAAAAUGGAUCAGCGUGCAAUCGAUCAGUCCGAAUUUCUCGAUGCGAUUCUCGCUAAUGAAGCAGGUCUAUUGAAACAAGCCAUACCAUUUGAAAGCACUACCGAAGGGCGAAUCGCACCACCUCCUUCAGCAGCCAAUUCUCUGGUUAGCAAUCAGCCUUCAGCAAUUGCUCAAAGUUUACCAUCUCAAUCAACCUCCAAUGUGCGCAGUCGUCAAUCUGCUCCUGUUUCGUCAGCAAAGGAAAAGCCACCAACAGAAACAGCUCCUCCACAGGAUGUGUCCGCGAAUGUCUCGCAAGUCAGCGACCCGGAUGAGCCUGCACCUCGUCCAUAUCGAAGACCUCGGUUCACUCAAACCAAAAAUAAUAAAUUCGAUGAUGACUUCGACCCGGACGCUAUAGUGGAUUUCGAAGAGAACAGCAUUCUCGAAGAGCCACCUGUUUCCGAAAAUGACGUUCUCAAUAACAAUGGGGAUUAUACCUCCCAAGUCAAAGAAGAACCUGGAACUUCUUCUAAGAAACGACCUCGUCCCGCUACAGAGGAGCCAGAAGACAACUUUGCCGAUGAAAUAGAUGACCUGCUCCCAGCGGCCACGGCUUUCAAGAGACGUAAACUCGCUGAAGCUCAAGUCAAUAGAAAGUCUAAUGUGGCAGCAAAAGUCGAAUCAAUCACACCUCCAACGAAAAUGAAGAAGAAAGAACGAGAACUAGAUGUUCGCAAAGCUCUCGGUCUCCAGCGCGAGGAGGAGGAAGAAGCCGCUCGAAGACAAGAAGAAGCCCGUCGCCGCGACGAGGAUCUCGAAACUACCGGACCUGCCCACCUUGUCGAAGUCCUCAGCAUGGACCUUCCUUUGCGCGACAAAACUAAGAAGCAACAAAUUCGCAAUGGCGAGCAUGGACCAGAUUGGGAUCCCAAGUGGAAUGGACGCAAGAACUUCAAAGGCUUCCGCCGCAUUGGUGAAGCACCACAACGAAGAGGCCACGCGUCGAAGGUCAUAGUCCCGCUGGUCGAGAUCAAACGCCGCAAAUUUGGGAUCGGAGAGCAGUACUGGGAGAAAUCACAGGAAGAGAAAGAGCUCGAGCGCGAGAGGAAGCGGCGCGAAGAAGCCAGAAGUCAACGGACGCAGAGUCAGACUCAACGUGCGAGUGGUGGUACGACUAUGAAAUCGAGGUCGAAGGCAAGAGUCAUUUCGGACGAAGAUGACCUCGAUGAUGAAUUUGACAAUGACGACGAGCAUGAGCCACCAUCGACGAGUCCCACUACAGCCCGUCUCCAGCACGAAGCCGCAGAGAUCCUCGACCACGAUGUCGACAUCGACACACCCCGGCGCACAAGGGCCGACGAUCGACGUGCAGCAGCCGCAGAAGACUCGGACGCCAGGGAUGCCGAACAGGACGACGAGCCCGAUACCACACAACGUAUCUCCCAAACUCAGCGCCAAUCUCGUACGCAGACGCAGACCCAAACCCAACGCGCCACCCAGAAUCCACCUCUGUCCGCCAAAGCGAAAGGCAAGCGACCCGCGACAACCUCUGCGACGACCAAUCCACCCAAACGCCAAAAGACACUCCCUGUCACGGUGGUGCACGGCAGCGAUAGUGAGGAUGAUAGCGAUGAUAUGAAAUUCAAGUUCGGGAGUCGUGCAAGGAGGGGACGAGGGAAGGCGAGGGGCUAA